AUGCCUUCGUACAAAGAACAAGGCCUCGAAGACGCUCUCGAAGCUUCCAAACAACUGGUCGACGCGAUCCACCAGAAAAUGCCAUUUCAACCACAGACCGCAGAACAAGGCCUGCUUGAACUCGUCACUGGUAGUCAUCCAAUAACCCUAUCGGCGAACACCUUGACCUAUCGCUUUCUUGCCCGCUGCUCCAGACCCGCCUGGAUGUACAUCGCCCCAGGCCUACGCAUCGCCCCAACAUCCGAACAAACAUCGCCCAACACCCUCGUCCCACUCCUCAUCUUCUCAAGCACCUCCCCUGGCCACCAAGAAUACCGCCGCACCCCAUGGGGCGAACAUUUCCGCAUCUCCCCCUUUUCCCGCGACUUCGACGGCAUCAUGACAUACCCAGCCGGUCUCUACCUCACCGAAACCGACCCACACGGCGCCCACCCCUUCGAAGAGCUGUGUACACUCAUUCUACCAUUCAUACUCGGUUCCAAUGCAUUUGCGCGGACUAGUGAUGGCGCGCUGAUUGGUGAGGAUGUGCGCAGCAAAGGAGAAGACGCUGCUGCUGAUAUCGAGCCGAGUAGUUCGGAAUUGUGA